AUGACUAGGAAUACUGAAGAGAGAAUUGAACUUCUUGAUCAAGUUAUUGACGCAGAGAAUAACCAGGAAGGGAGAAUACCGCAACAUACACCGAAGACAUUCAUAUUCGGUAAAAGCAGAGAAUUUAUUUUGCUGAGAUGCUUACUGAGAGGACUAUCGCUUUGGUAUCCAAAGUCAAGUUGCUGUUUGAGUCGAUAUUUCUAUCCUGGAUUUGUCAGCUUCUUGCUCGCGUGUACCACCGCUUGUUAUGUAGUGAUCUUCGCCUUAAAGGAAGAUGCUGAUGUAACAUACAACGUAUUGGUAGUUGUAAUAUUUACUGGUGGAUACUUUGGUCACCUUGCCGCAUCAUUUUGCCUCCGACCCAGUGAUAUUGAAGAUAACAUGAUAUGUAUUACUUUGGACGGGUCACAGCUCAAGAAAUUCCGAAAAUUACUGAAAUACUUUAACGCUAGAAUGGUAAUUUCUACAGCGGUGUUUAUGGGUUCGAUUUGUCGACUUUUCAUUGCUACGACGAAUGGUUCUGGCGUGGUUACAACGUAUCUAGUAGAAAACGUUUAUCCUCAUCAUGAUGCAUACAGACAGUGUUUGCUUUGUCUGGUAUUUGUUGCCCAUGUUUACAUGUUGGGAAUGUAUGUCGCAAUGGUAUGGAUCGUUGACUUACUUCAACUCAUGAGCAAUGUCCGCCUUCAAGAUCAACAUCGCAAGUUCACGAAGUGGACUGAAGGAGCAGAAGCAGCCAUAAAUGAUCACAUACGUAACUAUACGUCAAAGGUGAAGAAAUGCUGCCGUCGUCUCAAAUGGUGGUUUUUAAUUCACAACAUUUCUCUUAUUAUAAUAGUUCCAUAA